AUGGAUCUUCCAGAAGAAUUCAGCUUACUGAAGAAUCUGGAGUCUUUAUCACUGCGUUCAAAUCCCCUGCGUACUGUGCCUGAAUCAAUUUCCAAGCUGAAAAAGUUAAAAUCACUCGAUUUAUCUUAUUGUCUAAUUGAACAGUUGACCUAUAAUUUUUAUAAUUUAAAGUCUCUUGAAGUAUUAGACUUAUCCUACAAUCGUCUGGAGCAUUUUGAUAGUCGGAUAAAAAUAUUUGAGCAAUUAAAGGUACUUAACCUGUGCGGUAAUGAUCUAACCGGUAUUCAACCUGGCCUUUUACAUCUUUGUCAAAUUGGCUUGGAAGUCUUAAAUCUCAAUGAUAAUCCGCUGUUGUAUUUACUUCCAAAAGAGAUUAAACAGCGAUCUGUGUUCACAGUUCAAUCACUGAAAGUAUUGGCUAGACUGACAAUAAGGAAUAAGACAUGUGAAGCCAAUGAACAGAAGAAACAACAAAAGUCUUUCAGUUUAAAGCCGGAUGAAUACCUUUUCAUAACUAAUUUCAAAGAGGACAGUUCAGCGUCUUUUGAGUUAAAGAAAGUUCCUAAGAAUGACGUAUUAUUACCGCCUGUUGGUUCAUGCUGUUGGUGUGGUUUGGACCGUUACGAUGAUAUUAACACUGUCUGCAUUCAUUGUGUGGAUAUAUUCACCUAUUCAAUGGUUCCAAUACGUAUGCUAUGCUGUGGAGUAAAGUGUGUGAAGGAAGCCAGUCAAUGCAAAACAGCCGAACAGUUUACUAAACGAUAUUAUGGAAAUUAUCAAAAUAUUUAG